AUGGCGAACUCACUGACGAUGCCGACUACGAUGCCGGAGUUUGGGAAUGUCCCACGUCCACGGUUCAACUAUGGAAAUGAUAAUUCAGACAAUGGACCCCGGACUAGCUUGAAUUUUGUUGUGACGACGAUAUCUUGCUCUGAUGAUGUUCGUGAUAUAGCUGACGAAAUCUUAGCACCUUUCUACCUGAAUCGAAGCAGAUUGCCUCGGAAACAGCGUCAGCAUGAAUCUCCCAGUAAAGCCAAUCGACAGCUGAUCGUAAUGCAAUCUUUAGUUGUCAACUAUGACUCGAGUUCUUCAGAAGAAGACAAAUCAGAAUCUCCACAUCACCCCAGUUCUCUGCUGAAUAGCUCGGUUUUUUCAUCUGUUAAUGCCGCUCCACCUGUUGAGCAUAAGCUUUCUUUCUUAAUUUUAUUUGCUCAGCUUGGACCUGUGAACCCCUUUAAAUCUAUCAAACAAUUGGCCCCAAAAAAUACACUCACUGGAUAUGUGGAGGAAGCACACGUUAAUGAAUUUUCUUUCGAAAAUCAGCACAGAACUUUCGUGAGUUAUGGUUAUGCCAGAGAUCCGACUGCCGAAUGUGGCACUCAAAACCUUGUGGGCGAUGUUGACAAAGUAUCUGAGACAGAUGGGAAGACUGUUUUUGAGAAAUCGAAAAAACGCAAGGGUGACUUGAGAAAAAGAGAUUGUAAAUGGGACCCAACAAAGGAGGAUUUCACUGGACCAUGGGGUAAAUAUGUGGGUGAAGAAACCGUAUCAAUGCCCUCAGAGGAAGAUCGAGUCUACUUAGAGGCAUAUCUUGCAAAACGUGCUACUAGAAAGCGUAGAGUUGAGGAAGCUCCAGUAGAGGAAAAGUCUACUUUGCAUAUUAAAUCUCCAGUUGACUACCAAGGGCGUUCAUUUCUCCACCCACCGCAUGAUGUCGUCGGAGUCAAGUUCUUUUCACAAGAGCCUCCUGAACGGUGUUUUCUACCCAAGAAGCUCAUGCAUGAGUGGGUAAAUGCACAUACUAACGGUGUUGCUGCAUUUAAAUUAUUUCCUCAAACUGGACAUAUUUUGCUUUCGGCCGGAAUGGAUGGCAAAGUUAAGGUAUACAACCUUCUUGAUUCUAUACAUCUUUUGUCAUAUUACCUUAAUCCCGUUUCUGCUACAUCCGUAACUUUACGUUUGUUUGGUAAGCACUCGACCUUAGAUUUCGUUGACACAGUACUCGGAUGUUUGUCAUUUAUGCUUUCAUACCUUUGGUUAUGCAUAUGCAAGCCUUACUUUAUAUUUUUGAGCGCAUAUGUGCUAUCCUAUUCAUUAUAA